AUGAAAAUGUUGUUUGGAUCACAUUCCAGCCCUGCCCUCCCCGAACGGCUCCGCACCGGGGCGAAUCGGUGUGUGUCAGAAGCCCCGGGGUCACAGAAUUUACCGUCGCCAAGGGGAACGGGGCCUCCCAGCCCGCACCCUGGCGUCAGGCACUCGCUAAAUAAAAAGGAGGAGCUCAGGCGCGGGGCACAGCAGGAUCCCACGCAGUUGGAGAGAGUCCUGUCGGGGGAGCAUUGGAGUGGGGAGGGCUCACGGGAAACAGCAAUAGGCAGUUGGCUUUCCAUCGCACGGGCGAAGAUGAAGAUGAUGCGAGGGCUCACAAGUUGCAUUUCCCUCCUUAUCUUGACUGCAUCGUGCUCAGGUUAUCCAAAGGAAUGCUUUGUGAAUUUCUACAAUUCAACAGAACCAGCAAGAGCGAUGGCGAAACUGGUGCUGGAGCAGUGCGAACAGACAGAUUUCAGUGAUCCCAAUGGAUUUGCGACCUUCCUCACCAGGCUGGUCGGUCUCCACAACGUGCUGGUCUCCGAGCGAGAGAGCCACCCACCCGCUGGCACCAAGAAACCCUGGACCACCACACACCCUGUGGUGCACGUUCCUUCGCCCAGACCAUCCUGGAAGCCCCAGCCACGAGGCACAUCGCCAAGCCUUGCUGAGCAUUCUGGCUCCCCACCUGUGCCCUCUGCAAUGCCACACCGUGAGCCUGGGCAGACAGACAGCAGCACCGAUGGAGAGCUGUCCACACUUCAGUGGAACCCUACCGGAAUGGGAUGGAAGCCUACGGGCGGCAAUGGUCAGCCCACUCGAAUGGACUUGGAACAUUCGGAACCAACACCGAUCCCGAGGGGAUGGGACAGCUCCCGCAGCAUUGCUAUGACGACACAGUUCCCCAUGUUGACGUACAAGCCCAUUAAAGGGAUGAACAUUACCACGUUCCUGAUGCUCAUUCACAACCUCAUGAAGGAGAAGGAGUUCAGGCCAGGCCUGAUGGAGUGUUUGGAGAAGAGCCGGAGCCCGGAGAUCGCAUGGAGGACAGUGCAGGCCAACCUGACGAGGAUGGGGAGGGUUGAGGCCUCGAUGCUGCUGAUGGUGAUCGGCCGGGCCCUGCUGAAGGCCCCUGUGGAGGAACUCGAAAAGAUGCCGGUUCCCCAGGACCCAGUCCUCUUACAGGCUGUGAUGAACCAGUUCUACGCCAUUCACUGUAACCAGAGCAAGGAGGCGCGGACAGCGGUUUACCAGUGGCUAAGGAAAGGGUUAAAGUCGCUCAUGUGCCCCAACAGACAGCCACCGAGGGGAGGCAGAGAGGAGCGGAGCAAACGUCCUCAGGGCCGAUGUAACUGGCUCAAUGAGACCACCCUGAAGACAGUGCACCUCUAUAUCCUCGAUGCACCCUACAGAGACCUCCAACUCAUCCCAGGCGCACAGAUAUGCCAAAUGUUGAACAACUCGCAGUUUGAGAUGGUGCUCAGCGCGAUGUAUGACUUGGAGCCCACUGUCGGGAGGCAGCUCUUCCACAUGGUCAGUACCAGCUGCCUGAACAUCACGCAGCCUCAUGACGUGCAGCGGUAA